CCUUCCUCCUUCUCCAAUCCGGCUUCUGCUCCAGGAAUGUGGGGGGGGGUGAGCCCCCUCCCAACCUGCCUGCUUCUCCCGGAAGUGGAGCUUCCACUCCGGAUUGCUGCUCUGCGCCGUAGCUCUGGGGGGGGGCGCGCUUUCGGAAAGGGGAGGGAGGAGGCAGGGGACCCCCCCACCCCUCGUGGAUGUUGCAGGAAAGGAGAAUCGGGAGCGAGGACAAAGAGGCAAUGUCAGAGUGACUGACAAGCUGAGAUAAAACCCAUCAGCAUCUGAUGACAGUGACUCCAUGAAUCUUCCCAGUCAAAGGACCCAUUUUCAUGAUAGACAGUGCCUGUGGCUGGAGGCUCUACACACAGGAUGUGCCUGUGCAGGCCAAAGACUGCCAGUAUUAGCACAGGAUUUCCUUUCCUCCCACUCUGAAGAAGGAGAUGGAGAAGACAGUCAGAACUCCAGGAGAUGGGACACCUUUUGUUUCAUUAGAAAGAGAAAUUAAAAUGUGUGAAAUGUGGAUUAUGCUUCAUAGAAUGAGCACACAUAAUUCACAUCAAUGACCUCCGACAGGGGAGAAACCAUUGAAAGGUAAGGAGUGUAGAAAGAGUUUCACUGAUAUUGGAAAACUUAGAAUACAUCAGCAGAUUAACAUGGGCAAGAAAGGAUUCAAAUGCAUGCAGUGUGGGAAGAACUUCAGUCAGAGUGGAUCCCUCAAUAUACAUCAACGUAUUCACACAGGAGAGAAACCAUACAAAUGUAUGGAGAGUGGAAAGAGCUUUAGUCAGAGUGGACACCUCAAUUUACAUCACCAGACUCACACAGUGGAGAAACCAUUUAAAUGUAUGGAGUGCGGAAAGAACUUCAGUCAGAGGGGAUACUUUACAUCAACGGACUCAUACAGGCGAGAAACCAUUUAAAUGCAUGGAGUGUGGAAAGAGCUUUAGUGAUAUUAGAAACUGUAGAAAACAUCAACAGACUCACACAGGGGAGAAACCAUUUAAAUGCAUGGAGUGUGGAAAGAGCUUCGGUUUCAAUGCAGAACUUAGAAGACAUCAGCGGACUCACAGAGGGGAGAAACCAUUUAAAUGUAUGGAGUGUGGAAAGAGCUUCAGUUUCAAUGCAGAACUUAGAAGACAUCAACGGACUCACAGAAGAGAGAAACCAUUUAAAUGUAUUGAGUGUGGAAAGAGCUUCGGUUUCAAUGCAGAACUUAGAAGACAUCAACGGACUCACAGAGGAGAGAAACCAUUUAAAUGUAUGGAGUGUGGAAAGAGCUUUAGUGAUAAUGCACACCUUAGAAGACAUCAACAGACUCACACAGGGGAGAAACCAUUUAAAUGUAUGGAGUGUGGAAAGAGCUUUAGUGAUAAUGCACACCUUAGAAAACAUCAACAGACUCACAGAGGGGAGAAACCAUAUAAAUGUAUGGAGUGCGGAAAGAGCUUCAGUCUGAGUGGACACCUCAAUAUUCAUCUACAGACUCACACAGGGGAGAAACUGUAUAAAUGUAUAGAGUGUGGAAAGAGCUUUUGUGAAACUGGAAAGCUUAGAAGACAUCAACGGACUCACACAGGGGAGAAACCAUUUAUAUGUAUGGAGUGUGGAAAGAGCUUUUGUGAAACUGGAAAUCUUAGAAGACAUCAACGGACUCACACGGGUGAAAAACCAUAUAAAUGUAUGGAGUGCGGAAAGAGCUUCAGUCAGAGUGGACACCUCAAUAUUCAUCUACAGACUCACAGGGGAGAAACUGUAUAAAUGUAUGGAGUGUGGAAAGAGCUUUUGUGAAACUGGAAAGCUUAGAAGACAUCAACAGACUCACACAGGGGAGAAACCAUAUGAAUGUAUGGAGUGCGGAAAGAGUUUCAGUCAGAAUGGAGACCUUAGAUUACACCAGCGAACUCACAC